GCGGAUCAGAUUUCCCUACUGUUUUCCUGUCUCCGCCUCCCGCUAGUUUUCCGUCUCGCUCCAAGCGAGCAGCAAGGUUUCACGCCCAAUGGUUUCCAAUCGAUAUUCUCCUUCGGCUGUUCUCCAGCAUCAUUGAAUAACAUCCCAUCGCUUUCCUUCACGUCGCCUUCUUUUUCUUCUCUGUCUUUGAAAUCGCUUUUACUAAUUUUCUCUACCCAAACAUGGCCGGAAUUGCCGGUCUGUGCUGUACCCCAGACUCUAAGUUGACCUGCGUUCCCGGUGGUUUUCGGCUGGGAAAACCUUUAUCCAAACCGCCUUCUCUUCUCCGUUUAUGUAAACUGCCCCGAGGAGGGCAGCUAGUGGCGCGGUUAAGCAGCGGCGGCAGUUAUAGGCCCAGGAGGAGUUCAGGAAAAACCCGCAUCGUGGAUUCAGAUUAUGAUCCGGCCCUUGAUCUUGAUAGGAUUCAAUCACCUUCUGUGAGGCUAUUAGAUGAACAGCAAAAUAUGGUUGGUAUAGUUUCAAUAGGUGAAGCCAUUCAAAUAGCUGAGGAUGCUGACCUGAUAUUGGCAAUACUAUCAUCAGAUGCAGAUCCUCCAGUGCUCAGACUCUUUGAAAGUCCUGACUACAAAAAGCACAAGUAUGAACAGCUAAAGAAGAAAAGAGUGCAGAUGAAAAGAUCUGCUGCAAACCGUAUGGAUACCAAAGAGCUCAAAAUGGGGUAUAAUAUUGAUUCCCACGAUUAUUCUGUAAGGCUGAAGGCUGCCCAGAAGUUCUUGAAGGACGGAGAUAAGGUUAAAGUCAUUGUAAAUCUGAAAGGCAGAGAAAACGAAUUUAAGAACAUUGCUAUUGAUCUAAUUAAGCGCUUUCAGAACGAUGUUGGAGAGCUUGCGACUGAGGAGAGCAAAAGUUUCAGCGAGAGGAACAUAUAUUUGGUUCUAACGCCCAAUAAAGCAGUGCUACAGAAAGUUCAGGAACAGUCUAAGAGAGAAGCAUCUGUUACUGAAGUUUCAGCUACUGUCUGAUUGCUGUGCUGGUAUGUUUUUAGGCAAUCUUCAUAUGAAGUGAUUGACUUAUAUUUUAGUUUCCAGAAAUGUAAAUUAAUUUAUUUGAGCAUAUAUAUCAUGCUUUGUUGCAUUCCCUUGUUUUAAUUGUGCCAUGUUUUUAACUUGGGUCAUU